AUGAUUAUUCUUUCGUAUAAUAUCCGUGGUGGCGGGAAUCGGGUUAAGCGCAAGAGAGUCGGAUUUCUAAUUCAAAAGGGUGAUGUUGAUAUUUGCUUCAUUCAAGAAACAAAACUUAGCGGAAUUGGUGUGGAUGCGGUUAGAGAGUUGUGGGGAGGUGUUGACGUUGAAUGGUCUUACUUGGAUGCUACCGGAGCCUCCGGUGGAAUUCUAACUAUGUGGAAGAAAGACUUAUUUUCUCUCAUUUAUAGUUUUAGGGGAGAAGGCUUUCUUGGUCUUUGUGUAAAGAAGGAUGGAAAACUUAUUUAUUAUGUCAAUGUUUAUGCUUCAUGUGACAAAGUCAUUAGGAGAAGAACUUGGAAGAAUCUUUGUGAGUUCAAGCAUAAUAACACCGUCGGAUCUUGGUGCAUUGGGGGUGACCUCAACUCUAUAUCUACUAUUGAUGAAAUAACUGGUGUUACUAUUAGUGACUAUAGUAGGGAUUCAAGAUCAUUCAAUGAAUUCAUAGAGGAAAUGGAGUUGGUGGAUCUUCCCACUAUAGGUGGCAAGUUUACUUGGUUCAAAAGCAACGGGAAGGCGAUGAGUAGGCUCGAUAGAUUUUUAUUAUCGGAGUGCUACAUAGAAUAUAGUAGGGUGGAUGGUUAA